AUGACGGUGUUGAAGAGAUACGUGCUAAGGCUGUUCAUAUCACUAAAGUACAUCACAGCCAACGUGGUAGACAGAAACAACGGGAGGAUAGUAGCAACAGCGUCUACCGUCGAGCAUUCACUCAAGAACACACUCGAAUGCGGUCGAUCUUGCAAUGCCAAAGCAGCGACGGUCGUCGGAGAGGUUUUAGCCAUGCGGCUGAAGGUGGAGGGGCUCGAACACGGACUUGGGAGAGGAAUUCAUACCAACAUAAACAAAGAGAUUCAGAAGAAGGGUUUCAAGAAUCGUACAAAGGUCUGGGCUGUCAUUAAUGGUCUUAGGAACAACGGUGUUAAGCUCAAUAUCGAUGACAAUGUUAAUGAUGGUUCGUCCCCGCCAGAUUCCUGA